AUGGCUCCUCAUUCACAAGCACCAUCCCCUUCUAAAGGGAGAGGAAAGGUUAAAGAGUACUUCACAUGGACCCCCGAAAUGGAUAAGGUAAGAGUAGAUAAGAAAAAGAUUUUGUCUCGUCUGAAGACUUGGGAAAAGCAUUAUGAGACUUUGCAGCCUUUACUGGUUUCUUGCAACUCCGAUUCUGCAAUCACAUGGGAUUACUCAAAGGGAAGAGUUGAGGUCCAUGAUGAGAAUGUGUGGAAUGAACAAUUGGGAAGAAAUUUGCACAAUCUUCUCACACAAGACCGUGCUAAUGGGCAAGGUGGCCACACUCUUAGGGAGAUGAAUGCUGAAGAAACAGUAGAGGAAUAUGUUAAUUUGGGAGAUCCAUUUGAGACUUGCGAGGAAGAUAAGAUCAUGAGACUUAUGUUGGGAUAUCAAAAGAGAAAAGAAGCUGCAUCUUCUUCUACUUCUCAAGGUAUGAAAAAGAAACCGAGUUCAUCAAAUAUAAUGUGUGGUUUCAUGAAGCAAAUUCCUGAAAACUUUGGUGAGUUUAUGGUAACUGAGAGACAAAUAUUGGUUGCUACAAAAAAAACUACACCGGAAGAUAUACUUGAAGCAUUGAAGGUAGUCUCCUUGGACGAGAUGCAAACCUUCAAAGCCCUAGAUUUGAUGAUGGACAAUCAGAGAUUAUAUGACAGUUUGUUGGGUUGUCAACAGUUGAAAUGA